AGUUUUCAUCACGUUCCCUUCAUUACAGACCUCUCUUUUUAACAUCUUUUUCUCUCCUUCACAUCCAAGAGAAGACUAAGAGAUCUAUCACCACUACUCCUUCGAUCUAUAGAUCAAGAGACUCAAGGCUUUCUUUCAAAAGAAUGGCUUCAGGUGGUCAACCAUUCCCACACCAAACACAAGAGCGUCAACCUGGAAAGGAACAUGAGAUGGAUCCCACUCCUCAGGUUAUCAGCCCAGACUACAAGCCUGCCAAUAAACUCCAGGGGAAGGUGGCGCUGGUAACAGGAGGAGACUCUGGUAUCGGACGGUCAGUGUGCAGAUACUUUGUACUGGAAGGUGCCACAGUGGCAUUCACACAUGUCAAGAGUGAAGAAGACAAGGAUGCAGAUGCUACCCUAAAGAUGCUUAUGGAGGACAAGAAGUCUAUAAAUAGUGGGGCUAAGGACCCCAUUGCCAUACCUGCUGACCUUGGGUUGGAGGAGAAUUGUAAAAGAGUGGUUGAUGAGGUUGUCAAGACUUAUGGACACAUUGACAUCCUUGUUAACAAUGCAGCUGAGCAGUAUGUUCAUAUAAAUAUAGAAGAGAUUAGUGAUGAACAGCUCAAGAGGGUGUUUGCAACCAACAUGUUCUCUUAUUUCUAUGUGACCAAGUUUGCUGUGAAGCAUAUGGGGAAGGGGAGUAGUAUAAUUAAUACUACUUCUGUGAAUGCUUAUAAAGGAAACAAGCUGCUUCUUGAUUAUACUGCCACAAAGGGAGGGAUUGUGGGGUUUACUAGAGGGUUAGCACUGCAAAUGGUGGACAAGGGGAUAAGAGUGAAUGGAGUGGCGCCUGGGCCGAUUUGGACGCCAUUGAUACCAGCUUCAUUUCCAGCUGACAAGGUGGCUAACUUUGGGAAGGAGGUGCCCAUGGGGAGAGCUGGGCAGCCUUGUGAGGUAGCUCCUUCUUAUGUUUUCCUUGCUUCUCAGGACUCUUCUUACUAUACUGGGCAAGUCCUCCAUCCUAAUGGAGGGACUAUUGUGAAUGGCUAGCUGAGCUGGAAGUGGAUACAUCUCUCGUUAGUUGUGGUGUUUUGAUGUUGUUAAUUAAUUA